AUGAAGCCAGAUAUGCCUUGGGCCGUAGUUUUAGCAGCUAAACGAGCCAUUCGCGAUGCGCAAGUUCAAAAACAUGCGCCAGCAAACAGUGACCCGCGCUCAGACACCCUCGGGGCUAAUAUCGUAGACGUCGAAGCACUAACGAGCCUGCUGAGCUGUGAAAAAGUGUCGGCCGAAGAGCUGAUUCGCGCCUAUAUUGGAAGAGCCCGUGAGGCACAAAAAAAGAGUGGACGCAUGUCCUAUCGAGGUGUGAUGGUCUCCUUAGAUGGCCAACAGCAUGUUCCUUCAGCGGUUGGGCCGAUGGCACGGUUUCUAAGCUCUCUCAUAUUGGUGACGAAGCUGGUGAUCUCCACAGCGCCCUGGACCAUAGACCCCCAGCUGCCACCGAUCCCUUGGAGAGAGGAUGUAUUCCAAGACUUGACCACGAGACCACUUGUCAUCGGGUCAAUGCUGGAUGACGGUGUGGUAAAGGUGCAUCCAUCUAUUGAACGGGUAUUUUGUGAGCUUGUUGCAAGACUGAAGGCUGUCGGUCAUGAGGUCGUAGAAUGGGACUCAAAUUUGAACUCCAAGUGCAUUGACAUCAUGGUAAGACCGCCAGCCCCGAAACCAGAAUUACUUCUAGACUCUAUCAAGAGACUGACCAGGACCGGACAGGAUGAAUAUUACGCCGCAGAGGGAGGCGAGGAUAUUCGCAGAGCCGUUGCCGCAGGUGGCGAGCCAUUCAUUCCGCAGAUCGAAGCACUCGUCAAUCGCGGGGGACCAAUCUCGGUCUACGAAUAUUGGGAGCUAAGCAAAAGGAAGGUUGCAAGUCAACAGGUCUAUCACGACAUGUGGGACAGAAUCCGGUCGCCGUCUGGACCGCCUGUAGAUGUACUACUUAUGGCCGUCACCCAUGGAUCCUGCCGCUGGACCGGGUAUACCAAGCUGUUCAAUUUCCUCGAUUACACGGCGUUGACCUUUCCAGCUGGACAAGCCUGCAAAGAUCUAGAUGAAAAGUGGCCCCGGGAUCACUCUCCACGCAACGCUCACGACGCUUGGAACUGGGGACUUUACGACCCUUCAGCGAUGGACGGCCACUCUAUCGGGUUGCAAAUCGUCGGGCGUCGAUCUGAGGAAGACAAGGUAUUGGGAGCGGGCCAACAAGUUCAGCAGCUGUUGUAG